GUUUUUUGCAAUAUUAUUUAUUAGAGCAAACUAAAGUAAUCGUAAAUAUGAUAUAAUUUUAUAGUUUUUAUUUUGUGACGCUGUUUGCUUGGAAAAAUAAGUUGUGGUUUCUAAAAUUCAAAACGGGAUUAUGUCAUAUUGAGAAGUACUGACUAUAAAACACCUGUAGAGAUGGUAUAGUAUGACUAAUUCUGAGAGUCUUUUAUACCUAGUUCUAUCUCUUUCUUUUGCUAAGGUUCAAAUAUAAUGUAAGAGAUGAACUACCAAUUUCUUUAUCUAGUGGAAGUAUACUGAUAAUGUAAAUAACGGGGUAUCAAAAUAUUGACGUUUCUGUUUCAUGAUUCUUUUUAAAAUAAUUUUCGGAGUCUAAAUUACCAUGUCGGAGUCUGUAAGCCAGCAAAUACCGGGGCUAAAUCUUAACAAAGUAUUUAAAAUCAUAGUUUUAGGCGAUUCGGGCGUGGGUAAAACUUGUUUAACUUACCGUUUCUGCGAGGGUCAAUUUUUAGAUAAAUCUGAGGCCACUAUUGGUGUCGACUUCAGGGAGCGAAUUGUUCGCAUAAACAAUGAAAACAUAAGGCUUCAGCUAUGGGACACGGCGGGCCAGGAGCGCUUCCGCAAGUCCAUGGUGCAGCAUUACUACCGGAACGUCCAUGCUGUAGUCAUUGUCUAUGAUGUCACUAAACCAGAAACAUUCCAUUCCAUAGCUAGCUGGAUGCUAGAAGUAGAGAGCCACGGGCUCAUGAAGUCUCCCCGGGUGCUAGUGGGCAACAAAUGCGACUGUGGCACGGCCGAGUCGCGGCUCGCCACCACAUACGCGCAGCGGCUCGCCGACAAGUACGGGAUGCCGCUUUUCGAGACAUCAGCUCUUCUCGACGCUGAAUGCGGGACGGUCGAGUCCAUCUUCAUGACGCUGGCUCACAAGUUGUACUCCAAGCAGCCACUUAGGGUCAUCAGUGUCCAGGGCGAAAAUGGGCCAGGAACAGUGAACCUGGCGCGCAAGAAACCGCGGACCUCUCCUCCCAACGAGAGCUGCCUUUGCAGCUAAACUACAAAUCCAUCCACUUCGCUGUUAGAGACGUAGGACUUAUUCCUUUUUAAAUACGACAAAACAACUUCAAACCCAAAACAAGGGUUCUUCGAAAAAGAUACAGGUUUUUAACUCUGUGAAUCCACGCCUAUCGUGUGCGGCGUGAUAAUGUGAACCUUAUCUUAAUGCACGAAGGUUGAUAUUGGGCUGUUGCUUUUUCGCAAUCAGAGGGUAAAACCCAAAAUAAGGGUUUUUCGAAAAGGUACAGGUUGGUAACGCCAAAGAUACAUUAAUUGAAUAAGAUGCGUAAAAACUAAGACAAUUUCGUGCUUCGAAUUUGGCAGACAAACGAGAUGGCGCUGUACAGAUCCAUACAUUUUGCAGUAAUUCUGAUUGUCAACAGUUGUCGUUUGACAAGUCUGCGACCGCAAAACAUAUGGCGUGCAGCGCCAUCUGUUUUGGAUGUCAAAUUAUGGGGCACGAUUUUUUCUUAGACUUUACCUCUCUUACAAUCAAUUAUCUUUGGUAACACAUACAGACACCCUUGGAAUUGUUAUCCAGAGGGUUGAAUGUAGUUGCCCGCGGACCACCAACAUGAUAAAAACACCAUACAGAAGGGGUACAAAUACAUAAAUAUUUCGGGGCAAUCGUACACAGAUCGAACUAGCCCCAAACUAAGCAAAGUUUGUACUAUGAGUACUAGGCGACGUUAUACAUACGUAUAUAGAUAAAUGCAUACUAAUAUACAUUAGAAAACACCCAUGACUCGGGAUAAAUAUCUGUGUUCGUCACACAAAUAAAUGCCCUUACCGGAAUUCGAAUCCGGGACCAUCGGCUUCAUAGGCAGGGUCACAACUACAAUUGAAUUUCUAUUGCACCGACUACCUAUUGACGGAAUGAUCAACGUUAGUAGAUAUAAGUGAACAACGAUUUUAAAUUAGUAUUCAUCAAAAGAUGAAUACCUGUAUUGAGGUAUAUUAUCUGUAUCACGUCUAAAAUAUCGAUACGGACAAAGUGCCAAAAAUAUGUUACACAAACUUAGUUUAUCGGCAAUGAGGUCGGGUAUAUAUAUUUUUGGCACUUUGUCCGUAUCAAUAUUUUCAGACGUGACUACAUAAUCAGAGGUGCCAAAUUAAUACGAGUAUGAAAGUGUAAUCUAUAAAUUACACCUAACUAUUUAUGGCAAGUAGGUUUAUUGACAUAUUCUAUGUAAUGCUCUCUUUUGAUCCAGUAAAUAGUUCAGGCACAGCCUUUCUUAUUACGAAUAUUCAUGUACUAAUAUGCGCACUGCGCACUGCGUAGCGCGGCGUUGUUUAUAAUAUGGGAGCAUCGUUGAUAACGGCGUAAGCGCCAUCGACAAUAAGGUCCCUUUUCAUAGAUAAUGUCACAUAUAUCAGUUCGAUUGGCAAAUUCCAUUUUGCUGUUCAGUGGCCGGGUUGGGCUCUAGGGAGCUCCGCGGGAGCCGAGCGACGCCAGCUGAGGUAGUAGGGAGGUAGGUGAGGUAGAGCUGUAUACCUCGCCGUGGCUCCGUCAUUUUGAAAAAUUUCCAAAAGCUGAAUUUACCAAAAAAUUCUAUAUACCUCAUUUAUCGAAUCUACUUACCAAAUUUGACGAGAAUCGGUUGAAAAGUAUAGGAGAACAUCCGGUUCCGGACAAACGAAAGAAUUCUCGCCUAAGCUGAAACGGAGACCUUCGCUUGCGCUCGGUAAAUUAACUUGGGAAUUCAUACUGAAAGAAAAAGAUCUGGCAGAUAUUUCUCCCACGGCUAGAUAAGUUCACGCUACACCACUAUAGCUGUUGUACCAAUUACAUACUAAUAUUAGCGUAAAGUGCCAAAAAUAUGUAUACACGACUUUAUUGCCCAUAUAUUAUGGUAGUGUAUACAUAUUUUUGGCACAUUUUUCGUAUCGAUAUUUUCAGACGUGACCGUACAGUACCCCCCCGAAGUUAUGCAAGGGUGCUAAGUCAGCAAUACUAUUCGCUAGUAUUGCUGACUGUAAAACUUAUAAUUUCCCUGUCUGAGUAUGAUAUGAUAUGAUAUGAUAAGUUGUGUAUGAAGGCUGUUCUUUUGAAACCAGAUGGUACCAAAGAUAAUUUGAAAUAGAGGUGGAUUGUCAAAGAAAAUUUUGUAGCCACAGUAAAUUUACUGCCAUUUUUCGAUACAUGAUUAAAACUUUUAGAACGCCAUUUGACUUUGAUCCUUAUUCUUUCACUGAUAUGUGUUCAAUUUGUUAAAUAUUAAAAAGUGGCGCCAUCUUACCGGGCAUCGGCUAAAGGUUAUGGCGCCAUCGCUCGAAACGAUGCCGCCAUACUCUUGGCCUUUGAUCUAUUAGCUGGCGCCAUAUUUAACAAAAACACAUAUCAGUGAAAGAAUAAGGAUCAAAAUCAAAUGGUGUUCAAAAAUUUUAAUCAUGUGUCGAAAGGUGGCAGUAAAUUUACUGUGGCUAAAAAAAAUUCUUUUACAAUCCACCUCUAUUUCAAAUUCUAUUUGAUGGUACUAAGUGUUUUCAAUAUUUCAAUGAAUGAUGAUGAACUAAUUAAUUUACAUGUUAGCACACAAGAUGGGGGAUCGUUAGAAGAAGCAAGCAGGGUUCCAAUAUAAUUAGAUAUAAGGGGUCUGCUAGUUGAGAAUCCAUUGCGUUGGCCAUGUAUAGCAAACUGCAAAAGUUUCGUAGGUACGCAGGCCAAAAGGCUUUCAAUGUAUUAUAAAAUUGGAGUUAUCACCUAGAAAUGUAUCAACUUGCUUAAAUUGUGUUUAAAAUAUGCUAAAUUUUGUAUGAAUAACACACCAAUGAUUGGUUUUCGAACUAAAAUUUGAACACUUAUACAGGGAGUUUAUUUAGUCACCUGCAAUAAUUUACGGGGUUUAGUUCAUAUUGAGCAACUUUUUCUGUGGUACCAACCACAAAGUCGCAAAAAAAAAAAUUGACUGUAUCAUAUACUUUGGCAGUCUGACCUUGACAUUUUCUAUGAAAGAGUAAAAUUCUUUUUUGCGAUUUUGGGAUUGGUCCCACAGUAGAAGUUGCUCAAUAUGACCUAUAUAUUCAGCCCGUAAAUUAUUGCAAGUGACUAAAUAAAUAAACAACCUGUAGGUAUGCAAUAACUGCUUUAGUAGAUACUCUGACAUGUAAUCAUAAGAUGUGCCUUUCAAAUGUCUGAACAAAAGUUUGAACUACCAAAGAUCUUUAAGUAAACGAGUGAACAUGUAGGAAGUGGUCCCAUCUUGCGCUAGAUAUUGAAUAAUUAUAUAUCAGCGCCAUCUAGUGACAAAACGGUUAUUAACAAUCAAUGCCAGAAAAUGACAAUCCAUAUAAUAGGUACAAAAUGUACAAAUGAUAUGUAUGGAUAUUGAAUUUGUCUUAAAAAAGACAUAAGCCUAGUUAAUAUCCUACAGCUUUAUAGCCUUAUUCCAUUGCAUCCUACCAUAAUAACAUUUAAAUGUGCGUUUUAUUUGUAAAAAAAAACUUGAUAUAAGUUGAAUGUAUACAUCUGUUCUAUAGUGUAAUUAAAAUUAAAAUCAAAUUGGCACAUGUCAAUUGUAUUACUUAUUUUUUAAUUGUAUAUUGUAGAAAUAAACCAAAUGUUAUUUAUUUUCAGAUUUAAAUGUGAGAAAUAAAAUUAUAACGAAAGU